GCUCAACAGUCCCAAGUCAGUCAGGAGUGAUAGGGUGACGAGAAUGGAGACCAAGGACCGCUAUCGAUUGCCUUACGCGCGUCUGUGGAUUGUGUCCGGUAUUUUUGUGUUCAUCGGGUAUGUUCUGCACGUCGUAGGUUUCGCUACUAAUUAUUGGACCGAUUUCGGGUUGUCAAAUAUUGGCUUGUGGAGAGCUUGUGUAAACGCUAUAGGAUGCGUUGAUCUUGGGACUAGCAAUUCUGACUGGUGGAAGGCAGUUCAAGCUUUAACUAUCAUCGGCAUCAUCCUCGGCUUCAUAGCGAUCAUCGUCUUAUCCGUUAUCAUAUGUAAACCACGCCACUACAAAUGGCGAAUAGUCGCUUAUUUGUGUGCAUUUUUUGCAGGCUCAUCGGUCAUCGCGGCUAUCGCCACCUGGGCUGCAUACGCAACACACCUUGGCUACUCUUUCGGGCUGUCUACAGCCGGUGGCGGCCUCAUGCUGAUUGGCGGCUUAAUCCUUUGUGUAGACCUGUGCAUUAACAGGGGCUACAGACGUACAAGACAGGUUCGUUACCCUCCACCGGAAAGGCCGCACUACGAGUCGAACUAUCCGCAGGAGCUUCGCGCCCCUCCGUAUGACGGCUAUAAGAAGCCCUAUCCCGUACAAGAGCCUCCACGUGUAUACGAACGGUACCCGGAUGACCACUACGACAGACCGGUGCGCGGACACAGAUAUGAACCGUCCUAUUACAAGAAUUACAAGAACGGGUAUGACCGAGGCGACCGUUUUGACCGCUACGAUACACCGCCGCGGAACUAUGGCCAUCAUUACACAGGUCGUACCACAUACAUUGCGUUCAAACCAGAGUACGAAAGGAAUACCGGGCGUUACGAUUAUAAUUAAUCAUUUUAGUUCGCAUGUCGUGUACGAUAAGAAAACAUAAAGUGGAUGUUGCUGUUAAAUGAAUGGGAAGAUACGUGGAAUAACAGCGGAUGUUGUGGUGAACACCAUCGAUAAUUAACUGGCCCAUGGUUAAAUAAAAGAACAACAAAGAUUCGAAGGUUCCUGUAAAUAUGAAACUGCUAAUGGUUUAUGUAAUCGCAUUUAUAUUUUUGUGCAUUUAUUAAAAUAUCUAUUUUGAGUCAUAUAGUGUAAAGCUCAAGUUUUUGUGUUCGUAGUUUUAAAUUGCAUAUACAAGUACACUAUAAAUAUUUCGUAUACGUUUUAAAAUGUAAACAUACAUCCUACCUACAAUGCAUAUACACUUUCACAAAUAUUAUUGUAUAUACUUGUUCAUUUAUGUACAUAUAUGUUUACCGGAAUUCGUUUGACAGGAUUUUUAUAUCAUACUUUUACAAGUAUAAUUUACUCAACUAUUUUACACGAUUAAUAUAUAUGUAUUAUUAUGUUACAAGAGAAAUAAUACUUAAUUUUAAUGUGUAUAUGUUGUUUUUUGGUCUUUUUAAUGUUGCCAUGUUCUAUGCUUUAUUGUAUCGUGCGUUUUACCGAAACGCAGAUAAAUUGUAUCAACAAAUAAUAAGCUUGGUCGGGUUUUUAAUAAUGUAUUCUCACUUGUAAGAUAUGUUUAAAUAUUGAUGAUGUGCAUUUUACAUCUGAAAAAACAACAACAUGGAUGCUGUAAUAUUAACAAUA